UCACAUCAGAGAAGUCACACAAGGGAGAAGCCAUUUUCAUGUUCAGAAUGUGAAAAAUGUUUUCAUCAUAAAUCAGCUCUUGUUACACAUCAGAGAAGUCACACAGGGGAGAAGCCAUUUUCAUGUUCAGAAUGUGAAAAAUGUUUUCAUCAGAAAUCAGGUCUUGAUACACAUCAGAGAAGUCACACUGGAGCGAAGCCGUUUUCAUGUUCAGAAUGUGAAAAAUGUUAUCAACAGAAAUCAGAUCUUGUUACACAUCAGAGAAGUCAUACUGGAGAGAAUCCAUUUUCAUGUUCAGAAUGUGAGAAAUGUUUUACCCGGAAAUCAUCUCUAGUUAAACAUCAGAGAAUUCACACAGGGGAGAAGCCAUAUUCAUGUUCAGAAUGUGAGAAAUCUUUUCCUAACAAAUCAGCUCUUAAUAGACAUCAGAAAAUUCACACAGGGGAGAACCUAUUUUCAUGUUUAAAAUGUAGAAAAUGUUUUAACCAUAAAUCAGCUCUUGUUAGACAUCAGAGAAUUCACACAGGGGAGAAGCCAUUUUCAUGUUCAGUAUGUGGGAAAUGUUUUAGCGAUAAAUCUGCUCUUGUUAUACAUCAGAGAAUUCACACAGGGGAGAAGCCAUUUUCAUGUUCAGAAUGUGGGAAACGUUUUAACGAUAAAUCAACUCUUCUUAAACAUCAGAGAAUUCACACAGGAGAGAAGCCAUUUUCAUGUUCAGAAUGUGGGAAAUGUUUUCAUCGUAAAUCAGCUUUUGUUAGACAUCAGAGAAGCCAUUUUCUUGUUUAGCCCGUUGGUGAUUGCCCCUACUUGUUUUAUGGUGGCCAGUAAUUGGCUUUAUUCCAUCAGAUAAGUUUUUACUAGGGCUCUUGGACAUGGUAGUAUGGCCAAGGUGCCCGUUAUGCAGACCAGAAACAGCAGGUCUUUAAUAUACAGGCACCAAUCAUGCGCACUUCAUAUCACAGAUGAACGCGGACCCAUUGACUUGAAUCUGUCUGACUUCCCCAAGAUACAGCAAGGUUUGGAGCAGAGGCACAGAUCGAAGCGCUUCCGUAGGAUUUCUAUCCAUGCAUCCACACCAAACAAAAUGUAUCUUGCGGAUCGUGCACCCAUUGAAGUGAUGUUCGUGUGCAAAAGCCCUUUCAGAGAGCUAAAACAUCACCUUGCUUUCAGCUACCAGAGGUAGUUUAGGGCUUGGAGUGGUGAGAGCCGCCCAAACACUGUGAGAGCUCCCCAAAAAUUGAUGGUCUCCUGUAUUCAUUGAAGGACAGGUCCAAUUUUAUAUAUCUCCUCUAAACAAAAAUUUGGUGAGAGGAAAUAAAAACAAAAACAAAGGCACCACUAAGCCUGUGAUUGGUAUCGGGUCCCUCCAUUCCUAUAAAACUGCAAAUACAGGGGUCUAUGGGAAUGUCUAUAAAAUAGAGCUGGAUUCUCAUAAGAGCUGGUGUCCAGACAUGUGGAUAAAAAAAAUGCGUCAUUCACACUUGUAAAUGGCCAGUGGAAUGACAGACUGGAUGUCUGCAGGCUUUCCACUGAACACGAGGACAGCACAGGGGUAGUAAUAGAGAGAGGGGCCACCACUGAUAAGAGUAAGUCUGUCUGUGUGACACAUGGUAAAUCUGUGGGAGUAGUGUAUCUUUCAACCAUACCUGACGAAGCUUAAAACCAGGGCCUGAUAUAAAAAAAUAACGAUCUACCUAUUCCAGCCCCGGUCUGUUAACAUAAAAAAUAUAUAUAUUAUAUCAAAUAUGGACUUAUCAGGAAACCCUCAGCUCUGGUCUUAAUGGGCACAUUUCAUCAGUAAUGUGCAAGUUCUCCCAAGAAGUGACCGAGGCUAGGAUUGCCUAAUUACAUAGAAGCCAUUUCUCAUCUUCCUAAAGGAAUAUCAUCUUAAUCUGUACACCCUGACACUGUUUCUUAAUAUAUUGUGUAGGUGAUUGCCUGUUUUGUGCACAUAGUGGUUUCUACCUUGCCAGGCAGAGGCUGUUUUGGUGCACAAGCUUCACAUUUGGAGGCCCCAGUUACAGUGAUGUGUAAUUGUUCCACCUGCCAAGAUAUAUCAAAAUCUAUAUACUGUAUAUAAAGGACGUAUAUAUAUGUGUCUGUGUAUGUAUGUAUGUUCCGCGAUAAC